GGGGCGGACGGGGAGUCCUGGCCAGGGGCUGCGGGAUCCGGAGGCCCGACGUCCCGCGGGGCGGGCCCCGAGCACCGCGAGAUGAGCGGACACAGUCCCACGCGCGAGGCCAUGCAGGUGGCCAUGACCGGUAGGGCCCGCAAAGAGGCGGUGCAGGCCGCGGCCCGGGAACUCCUCAAGUUCGUGAACCGGAGUCCCUCUCCUUUCCACGCUGUGGCCGAGUGCCGCAACCGCCUCCUCCAGGCUGGCUUCCAUGAACUCAAGGAGACGGAGAGCUGGGAUAUCAAGCCCCAGAGCAAGUACUUCAUGACCAGGAACUCCUCCACCAUUAUUGCUUUUGUUGUGGGGGGCCAGUAUGUUCCUGGCAAUGGCUUCAGCCUCAUUGGGGCCCACACGGACAGCCCCUGCCUCCGGGUGAAACGUCGCUCUCGCCGCAGCCAGGUGGGCUUCCAGCAGGUUGGUGUGGAGACCUAUGGUGGUGGGAUCUGGAGUACCUGGUUUGACCGAGACCUGACCUUGGCUGGACGAGUCAUUGUCAAGUGCCCUACCUCAGGUCGGCUGGAGCAGCGGCUGGUGAAUGUAGAGCGGCCCAUUCUGCGCAUCCCGCACCUGGCCAUCCAUCUGCAGCGAAAUAUCAACGAGAACUUUGGGCCCAACACAGAGAUGCACCUAGUCCCCAUUCUUGCCACAGCAGCCCAGGAGGAGCUGGAGAAGGGGACUCCUGAGCCAGGGCCUCUCAAUUCUACAGAGGAGCGGCACCACUCAGUCCUCAUGUCCCUGCUCUGUGCUCAUCUGGGGCUGAGCCCUGAGGACAUAGUGGAGAUGGAGCUCUGCCUUGCAGACACCCAGCCUGCGGUCCUAGGUGGUGCCUACGAUGAGUUCAUCUUUGCUCCUCGGCUGGACAAUCUGCACAGCUGCUUCUGUGCCCUGCAGGCCUUGAUUGAUUCUUGCGCAGCCCCUGCGUCCCUGGCCAUGGAGCCUCACGUGCGCAUGAUCACACUCUAUGACAACGAAGAGGUGGGCUCUGAGAGCGCCCAGGGAGCACAGUCAUUGCUGACGGAGCUGGUGCUACGACGGAUCUCAGCCUCCUCCCAACAUCUCACAGCCUUCGAGGAAGCCAUCCCCAAGUCAUUCAUGAUCAGCGCGGACAUGGCCCAUGCUGUGCACCCCAACUACCUGGACAAGCACGAGGAGAACCACCGGCCCUUAUUCCACAAGGGCCCCGUCAUCAAGGUGAACAGCAAGCAGCGCUAUGCCUCGAAUGCGGUUUCAGAAGCCCUGAUCCGAGAGGUGGCCAACAGUGUUGGGGUGCCCCUCCAGGAUCUCAUGGUCCGGAAUGACUCCCCCUGUGGUACCACCAUUGGACCUAUCUUGGCUUCUCGGCUGGGGUUGCGGGUGCUGGACUUAGGCAGCCCCCAGCUGGCCAUGCACUCUAUCCGGGAGACAGCCUGCACCACAGGAGUCCUGCAGACCCUCACCCUCUUCAAGGGCUUCCUUUUGCUGCUUGACUACAGUUUCCACUCACGUGGCAGUUGGAAGUGCCAGGGAAUUCAUGCUCCAUUCCCAGAGCCGCUGUAACCAAUAGCUGGCAAGACUUCGUGUCUGAGUACCCCAGCUCCCUCACAUCUGUGGCGAGAUGACUCCGAGGUGCGUAGUUCACACUGGCUGCCAGAGUCUCUCUAGCAGGAUUAAGUUCCAGAAUUAAGCCUGAUGACACACCCCUUUAUUGGCUGCGUUCCCUUCCUUGUCUCACUUGCCCCCUUCCCUACGCGAGAUUUCCUUCACCUCCCAAUAGACUCUUUGUACUCAGAUCCUUGUCUCAAGGUGCUGUUUCUGGGGAAACCUAAACAUGUUAGAAUUCUUUUGCGAUUGAGAGUUAGACAAGGCUGUCUGCUAUUCUAUUACUAUUCACGUUGUACCAUAGGUCCUUAGCUUGUACUAAAGCAAGAAAAGGAUUGAAAGAUAGAAGGGUUAGGAAGGGAAGAGCAAAACUUCCUUUUGAUAUGAUUUGUUAUGUAGAAAAUACAAAAGUUAUACUAUUUGAAUUAAUAAGAGUUUAUCAAGAUAGUUGGCUAGAAAAUCAAUAUACAAAAAUCAAUUCUAUUUCUAUAUACCAACAAUAAAUGGGUAGAAAAUGAAAUUUUAAAAAGGUUUACUUCUACAAAGCAUGAAAAUCAAGUAUCUAUGAAUAAAUAGAAAAUAUAUUUAAGAUCUCUACAGAGAAAAUUUCACAAAAGUCUAAAUAAUUUGGAAAAUAUGUCUUGUUUGUGGAUGUGAAAUUCAAUAUUGUAAAAAUAUCAAACUGAUAUAUAGAUUCAAUGUAAUCCUAA